AUGUCAGAGAAGCUUGAGAAGUCCUCAUUUGGAGACAGCGGGGCCGAUGUCAUGCGAACUUCUGAUGAGCAAACACUCAGCAAGACUGGGAGCCAAAACACAGAGACAUUAGCGAAAAGUUUCCCAGAAUCGAAGAUCGGAGCAGAAGCUGAUAUUGACAAUGCUGGAGUUCCACCAAAAGCAGUCGCUGGUGGAAUUAAUCCAGCCGAUUUCCCUGAUGGUGGUCUCGAAGCAUGGCUGGUGGUGGGCGGCGGCUGGCUGGCCCUGUUUACAUCUUUUGGGUGGAUUAAUUGCAUUGGUAUCUUUCAAGAGUAUUAUCAGAAAAACUUACUUUCUGACCUGUCACCAAGUACUGUUUCAUGGAUUCCCUCUCUGGAGGUUUCCAUGAUGAUGUUUGGAGGCCCGUUCUUUGGAAAGAUAUCAGAUAACUACGGGCCCCGAUGGAUACUUAUAGGCGGGACGUUUGCCCACGUUUUCGGUUUGAUGAUGACCUCACUAUCAACCAAGUAUUAUCAAUUCAUUCUAGCUCAAGGCAUUGUCAGUGCCCUAGGCGCCAGUGCAAUCUUCUUCGCUUCGAUGAAUUCAGUUACGACCUGGUUCUUCAAGAAGCGUGCAACUGCUUUUGGUGUGAUGGCAUCUGGUUCCUCUUUAGGUGGUGUUGUACUCCCCAUUUUCGUCACCAAACUAAUCCCUAAAAUCGGAUUUCCAUGGACUAUGAGAGCAUGUGCUUUUAUGUUUCUUGGCAUGCUGGUCAUCUCUAUGCUCACAGUUAAGUCACGACUCACUCCAACUCCGAAGAAAUUAGAGAUUAUGGAGUUCGUUCGACCACUGAGGGAGCCUCCCUUUUUAUUGCUCUGCAUCGCCUCGUUUCUUUUCUUCUUCGGUACAUUCCUACCGUUCAACUAUGUAAUCCUCCAGGCGCAAGCGGAUGGCAUGUCGAUUGGUCUAUCCCUUUAUCUUUUGUCCAUCCUCAAUGCUGCAUCAAUUUUCGGUCGAAUCCUUCCUGGAAUAGUAGCAGACCGAAUUGGUAGGUUUAAUGUCAUGAUCAUGACCACAGCCUUUUCAGCAGUCGUCGUCCUAGCCCUUUGGCUCCCGGCUAAAUCGAAUGCGCCUGUGAUUGUAUUUUGUGUCCUCUAUGGGUUUUCAAGUGGCGCAUUUGUAUCAAUGGGUCCUUCACUACUCGCACAGGUUUCUCCAAUUCGGGAGAUAGGUGUCCGUACUGGAACAUAUUUCCUUUUUGUCGCCGUUGGGGCCCUGACUGGUAACCCAAUUGGCGGAGCUCUACUUGACCAAGAUAAUGGCGGUUUCUUGUACUUACAACUCUUUUGUGGAUUGACCAUGGCAGCGGGUGCAUUGAUGUACUUCGCUGCCAGAUGGACGCAGUGUGGAUUCAAGGUCUUGAAGGUUGUAUAA